AUGUGUGGGACUUGCUGUAGUCCACCGGCUGCAGCCCCCGAAUCUGUGGGUACGCCAACCGCACCUUCGAUUGAGAUAAACAGUGAUGUGGAUUCUUGCUGCCAUGGAGACGGAUCUUUGCCAGACGAGGCUCAGAGCCAUGCUGGAGUUCAAGCCGUGAACUUGGAUGACUGUUGCUCCGCUGGUAGCCGCAAAGACACGGCCCCCAAGGAUCAGGCUGACGCACCUGAUUGCUGCCGUGACAAGGUUGGUCCAUGCUGUGACGCUUCUUGCAUUGACCGUCUGGCUAUGCGCGAGUGUUCUAUCAAUUCAGCGGCAUCUUCUUCCAACGCAGGCCGGAAGUCGAAUGCAUGCGAUGGAUCGACUGAGCACAAGGCAUGCGCCCAGCAUAGUCUUUCCGCCCUUGACCGCUAUGGUGCAACUCUUCAAGCCCUGGGGUGUAUUUGUCGCUCUCUGAUCGCUCUUGGUCAAGAGACCUGCUGCGAGAUUCGCGAGCGCCACUCUCCCAGCGGAAAGCAGUGUUCUAAGAAGUCAUCUGCCCAGUCUCUCCUUCGGAAGUCGAUGGAUUCUGGCAGCAGCACCGGCUCCCUUGCGAGAUCUCAGGCCGCGAAGAAUCAUCUUCGCCAGAAAAGAGACUCUAGUGAAAGCACCCGGUCCUCCAAGAAGCGUGCGAGCCCCCGCGCUACUUCUUCCUGUUGCAAGGGAAAGUCUCCAACGAAGACAGAUAUUGAAAGCAAGUGCUCGAAAUCUUGCUGCUCUGAUCGCAAGAACAACACGGCCCCAUCUGGCAAAGUCGGCUGUGGGCAGCUUCUUUGCUCGGAUGGAAAUAACGUCGAGGAGCCUGUGGGCUGCGCUGAAAGCCAAGACCCUUGCUGCUCGAAGACUCUCCAUGAUCAAGAGCCCGCUGCUCCGUCCAGCUGCUCGAAAUCUUGCUGCGCCAAGGAUGAUGGCAUCAUAGACAAUGGCCCUAGUUACAUUGUCCCGGGCUCGUGCCGGGCGAAAACUCCUUCAUCUUCGGCAGGUUGCACCGGUGGAGCCGCUGAGUCUUGUCGCGGUCCAGCAAAAGUAGUUGUCGACAAAGCGCCCUCUAAGCCCACCUGCUCUAGCUCUUGCUGCAAGUCGCCGAAGGUGGAUACCACACAGGGUCCAGAGCCUAGCGCAAGCGACUCUUGCUGCACCGAAGAGAGCCAGCCGGUCAGCGCGCAAGACUCUUGUGCAGAUGCUUGCUGCUCGUCACCUCGACAGGAUCCUGGACUGGAGAUCAAGGAAGCUCCCCUUCAGGCCAUUUCUGACCUUGAAAACCAGGCUACUGGUAAUGAGCAUGUUGUUCUCAGUAUUUCGGGCAUGACUUGCACCGGAUGUGAAACAAAGCUCAACCGAACUCUAGCUACAGUACCCGCCGUCAAAGAUCUAAAAACCAGUCUGGUGCUCUCGCUGGCCGAAUUCAAUAUUGACCUCCGCCUUGGCUCUGUUGAGGAGGUGGUAAAGCAUCUGGAGCGAACGACUGAAUUCAAGUGCGAAAGAGUUCAGAACAAAGGAUCUAGUCUUGAUCUGAUUGUCCCCGAUGAUGCUGCAAAGCUAGUUGGCCAGGCGUGGCCAGAUGGUGUCUUUGACAUUGGCAUUUUGGAUAAGCAGACCGUGCGAGUUGCAUUUGACCCGAAGAUCCUGGGUGCUCGGGACCUCAUCGAGAAAUAUUGGGAUACGCCAAUUCAACUUGCGCCUCCACGUGGAGACCCCUCGUUGGAGGCUGGCAGCAAGCAUGUUCGUAACGUUGGAUAUAUGACGCUUCUCUCUGCUGUCUUGACGAUUCCUGUUUUGGUCCUGGCUUGGGCUCCGCUACCAGAGAGGGAAGUGGCUUAUUCUUCUGCCUCUCUCACAUUGGCUACCAUUGUUCAAGUCGUGAUCGCGGGACCUUUUUACCCAAAGGCUCUGAAAGCCCUUGUAUUCUCGAGGGUCAUUGAGAUGGAUCUUCUGAUUGUCCUGAGCACCAGUGUUGCUUACAUAUUCUCGGUGGUCUCCUUUGGGUAUCUGGUCGCUAAGAAGCCGCUCUCAACUGGUCAAUUCUUUGAAACAAGCACUCUCCUGGUGACCUUGAUUAUGGUUGGUAGAUGGGUUGCUGCUCUUGCUCGCCAGAAAGCCGUUGAGUCUAUUUCAAUUCGGGCACUACAAUCGCCAACCGCUACCUUAGUUGACAAAGAUGGGAAUGUGGAACGUGACAUAGAUGCACGACUGCUUCAAUACGGUGAUACCUUCAAGGUUCUCCCUGACACUAGGAUUCCGACCGACGGUACGGUUAUCACAGGAUCGUCUGAAGUUGACGAAUCUAUGAUCACCGGAGAAUCCAGGCCGGUCGAAAAAUAUCCCAGGUCUGUGGUGAUCGCUGGUUCCAUCAACGGCAAUGGGGUGAUGACAGUCCGACUGAAUCGUUUGCCUGGUGACAAUACUCUCAAUGCCAUAGCUGCGAUGGUUGAUGAGGCCAAACUCUCGAAGCCCAAGCUGCAGGACCUUGCGGACAGGGUAGCAUCCUACUUUGUCCCGGUUGUCGUGGCAUUGACGAUCAUCACCUUUGUUGGCUGGGUGGCGGUAGGCAUGACUCUCCGGGGAUAUAAUGGCUCCGAGGCUACGAUCCAAGCCAUCACUUACGCCAUCACUGUUCUCAUUGUCUCUUGUCCCUGCGCUAUCGGUCUGGCUGUCCCUAUGGUCAUUGUAAUUGUCAGCGGAGUUGCGGCGGAGAAGGGCAUUGUCUUCAAAUCAGCAGAUGCCAUUGAAGUAGCUCAUAAGACAUCGCACGUGGUCUUUGACAAGACCGGCACCUUGACGCGGGGAAAGCUGUCAGUCGUCGCAAAGGAUUGUGUCAAUGUGGAGACUCUUUCGCUUCUCCUAGGUCUCAUCGAGAACAGUCGCCAUCCGGUCUCGGUUUCUGUUGCUACACAUCUCAAAGAUAACGGAGUUGUUUCCUUGGUUGUUGCUGACCCCAAGAGCCUGACUGGUAAAGGUCUAGAAGUUAUGGUCAACGGCCAGAAACUUCGCGCUGGAAACUCCCGAUGGCUCAAUUUGUCACAAAAUGAAUUCGUCCAGCCUAUGCUUGCUCAAGGCUACACUGUCUUCUGCUUCACCGUUGAUGAUGUGCUACACGCAGUCUAUGGCCUUGAAGAUGAGCUUAGAUCUGACGCUGUGGAGACAGUUCAGACCUUGCAAAAGACUGGCGUCACUGUACAUAUCGUUUCCGGUGACGACGACGGAGCAGUUCAAUCUUUGGGAUCUGCUCUCAGGAUCCCAAGCAGCAAUCUGCGCUCGCGGAGCUCGCCAAGCGACAAGAAAGACUAUAUCCAAACACUUCUCGGAACAGAAAACGAUCGCAAGAAACCAGUCGUGGUUUUCUGCGGCGACGGCACAAACGAUGCUGUUGCUCUCGCGCAAGCUACUAUCGGCGUCCACAUGAACGAAGGCACGGAUGUCGCCCAGUCUGCCGCGGACGUUGUUCUCAUGCGACCCGCUCUGACUGGAAUCCUUACCAUGAUGAACGCCAGUCGUCAGGCUGUCAACCGUAUCAAGUUCAACUUCCUUUGGAGCUUCGUGUAUAACACCUUUGCCGUCCUUCUCGCGGCAGGUGCUUUUGUCAAUGCACGCAUUCCACCGAAGUUUGCUGGAUUGGGAGAGUUGGUUAGUGUGUUGCCAGUCAUCGCUGCUGCGGUUCUUCUGCGCUGGUCGAAGAUCUGA